CCGAAAAGAGAGGAAAUUAUCCGGACCAUUUCGAUUCCUUUGAUUUCUCAAACGCUUGGUCGUUUUCCUCUGUGCCAUCAACAAGCCGGCACAAGAUAUGUUCGCGCAAAUCCAUGAUCCGACGUAGGUUGAGCCUUGAAAGCUGAUUGUCCCAAGGCUAUAUAAACUGCAUGUUGAAGUGGACCUACUACAGCACCAAGCUCAUUGGACUACUACAGUCUGCUUUCACACCUUCUCAACAUGAACGAUACACAAGGCGAAAACAAAACAACGGAAUCAUUAUCUUUCACUGCGAAGUCUUCCCUCCAGCGCAUGGUUCAUGAGCUUCUUGGGAAAUGCGACGUCACACUCGACAAACUUUCUUUUGACCAGGACCUCUACGACGAAUGCAAGAAGAUCAUGGCGUCCGAAUACCAUCUACCAUCGCCUCGUUAUCCCUGGUUCGAGAAAUACCUCUCCGUCGGGGUCGUCAUUGCUUUCACGUCCUAUGCCCAUCUUCCGAGGCACCACCGAGUGCAGAUUGCUGUUCAUACGUCUUUUGCUACGGCGCUCGACGAUAUCUUCUCUCACCACCAUCAACGAAUGGAAAGUUUCAAUGAAUCAUUUCUCAAGGGGGUCUCACAGGAUGAUCUCAUCCUCGAUGGUCUGGCCAAAGCCCUUUUGAAUACAUCCAAAUAUUAUAGCCCCAUACAGUCCAACUUGAUCGUGACAUCCACUUUGGAUUUCAUGACUUCUUUGAUAAUGGAGGUGAAAAUUAAAAAGAUGGAAAGCUUCGACUCACCCAGUUUCGCGGCUUACUAUCGGGACAUGUCUGGUGUUUCCAUAGCGUUUGCGAUGUUCAUAUUCCCGAAAGGAAUCGACCCCGCAACGUAUAUUCAAUGUACUCCUCAAAUCGGAAUGUAUAUCAAUUAUAUGAAUGACGUACUUUCGUUCUACAAAGAGGAAGUCGCGGGAGAGGAGGAAAACUUGGUGAGUAUGCUCGCGAAGGAAUCUUCGAUCACGAAGUAUGAGGCCAUCCAACGCAUAGCUGACGAUGUCGCUGAAGCCGAGAAGGACAUCUCGACAAGGUUGGCGGGUAAUAAGCUGGCCUUGGACGGUUGGCAGAGUUUCAAGAGAGGAUACGUCCGCUUCCAUACCUCAUCCCCCCGGUACAAGCUCGACGAGCUAUUUGAACUCCCUUACGGCCUCACUGUCAAGGAGACCGAAGGAGGAGUUGAAGACUUGUAG